AUGAAUAAAAAAAAUCAACCCAGCGUGGAAGAUGCGGUCUAUGAUAAACACUUAAAAGAACUAAAAGAGUUAGAAAUUAAAUAUAAUCUUAUUCUUCCUAAUUCGCCAAGCCAAAAAGCGGGUCAUCCCGCCAGUCCCAAAUUUUACCCUGUGGUUCGUCAAAACCCCAUGUUAAGUUUAGAUAGUGUUGAUAAUUAUGAAGAUUUAUUGAAUUUGGUUUAUCAAAAUUACCAACUAACCCAAAUCAGUACCCGAGGUAAUGGAGUUAUUGGCGAAGACAUAACUUUUAAUAAAGAGUUAAUAAAAAACAUUCCUUUUUCCUUGCCAGAAAUUGCUAAUUGCGAGGUGCGGGGGGAAGUUUACAUGAAAAAGGAGGAAUUUGCUCGCCUCAAUGAGGAAUUAAGCAAAACUGGUAAUAAAUUAUUGGCUAAUCCUCGUAAUGCCGCCGCGGGUAGUUUGCGUACUCUCAUCCCUUUACAAAAUAGAAAAUUACAUUUUUUUGCUUAUCAGUUAUUUAAUAGUGAUUUACCGAACCAAUUAUCUUGUUUACAAGAAUUAGAAAAGUUAGGAUUUGCGGUUAGUCUUGAUUAUCGGGUAUUGCAAAAUAUUGAAAAAGUAGGAAAUUUUAUUAAAAAACAAGCCAAAAAGCGAGAAAAAUUAGAUUUUGAAAGUGAUGGCAUUGUGGUUAAAGUGAAUGAUUAUAGUGUCUACGAAAAAUUAGGGCAAACUAGUCGUUUUCCUCGGAGUAAGAUAAGUAAGGUAACUCUGCAUAAUUAUGCUUUUAUUGCUAAUUUAAAAUUAAACGUUGCUGAUGAAAUAGUGAUAAAGAAAGCUGUAUGUGAAAACGGUGACUGUCCGCAAAAAAUUGUUAACUAUCUGGUUCAUUUUGCGGCCAAAACUGGCCUCGAUAUCAAAGGAGUUAGUGAGAAAAAUAUUAAAAAACUUUACGAGAAUAAGUUAUUAAAAUCACCCGCUGAUUUUUAUCAACUUUAUCACAAAGAAAAAGAAUUAUUAAAACUAGCGGGAGUAAAAAAAAAGUCGGUCAGUAAUAUUUUAAACUCAAUAGAAAAUUCCAAAAAAAAACCCUUCGCCAAUUUAUUGACUGCCUUAGGUAUUCCUUUGCUUAGUUCAGUCAAAGCUCAAAAAUUAACUAAUUUUUAUCCUGAUUUAACUAGUUUUUUGGCUGCCGCGAAAAAGGAGGAGUGA